AUGGAAAUCUUACGAAAUCUCAUAUCUUUCCACUUGGUAUUUGGAAACGGGCUUGAAAAUGCUGAAGUUCAAGCUGGUAUUCGCUGUGCUGCGGUUCUACAAAGCAGUAGCCGCGCUAUCCGAAAAAAAUACUCUCAGACGAAUAAUCCAUCACUAUCGACGUAUCAGUCAUGGCAGAACACAACAUUGACACUUUCGCCCACAAGCCCCUUCCUCGCCCUCGAUUACGGCUUCGAAAUUGCAGGCUUCCCAUUCUUCCACGUCUCUGCGCUCUCAAGCCCAGUACAAAUCGAAGUUAAAUACUCCGAGACCUUGCCCGCGCUCGCGGAGCCAAAUUCCGACGGACCAUGGACAUUUUCAAAUGGCCUGUCGAAUACCUUUCGUGUUGAGACAUUUAACAUCACAGAAGAAGGAUAUAUCGAGAGUUUCUUUGUACAGGGAGGUCAGCGAUGGGAGUCGAUCCGCUUACUCACCAAUGCUACGGUAGAUAUCGCGGGCAUAGGAUUCCGCUUGACAGGUCCACACGAGGAUGCCGAGACACUCCCAGGACGUCUGAGUACAUCGAAUGCAGUAUAUGAUAGGAUCUAUGGUCUGGGAGGCGGGUCUGUGCAAGUAGCAUGUGUGGAUGCGGGAAAUGCACCAUCAACGUGGGAGAUUACGGACCAAGGGGCAUUGGUUCGUGGGCAAGCGAGUGCGCAGUCUGCAAAGGGUCUUGGGAUGGCGAAUUAUACGCUGGCAUUCAAGACGAAGAUUGUAAGGGGAGGAACCGGUUGGAGAGUGGCAAGUGCGUUUGAACCGUAUGGACCGUACUUUGUUUUGACAUCAAACUAUCCCGAGGGCAAUACAUUUGUCAAUACGAAUCGGACGCUCUUACCACCGAAUGUGUUGAUUUUCAACAGUGCUUGGAGUCUAGUCAAUCAAAGCACGCUUCCUGUACCGGCGAAUCAGUACUACCCUGUCAAUUUCACAAUCGAAGAAGACAUAUGGUACCACAUCAGCACAGUAGUCACAGCGACUGGCUACCAGCAACGCGUUGUUUGCACUCCAUCUCCAUACGAAGGAAGCUGGGGAUUCGGCGGUUACCAAGACCAUGUCACCUACUUUGCCAACGUCUCCGUCACCGCUCGCAACGGCACGAGCAUCUAUUCCAACGCCAUGACCUCGAAUGACACGCUUGCAGAAUACAGCGUUGCGCCACUCGAUGCAUCCGUCUGCCUCGACGGCGGAAAGCGAGACCGCCUGGUCUGGAUCGGCGACUUCUACCAUACCGUGCGUGUCGUUGCGCACUCGACAUCGCGAUGGGACCAGCUGCUGGGAAGCAUUGCAUACGUCUUCAGAUAUCAGGUCGAAGAGGGUCCGUACGCAGGCUUUGUGCCCAUUUCCCCGGCGCUGGGUUCGCGAGCAGAAUACAAAGAGGCAAAGUCGAAUUGGGACGCUCUAAUAGACUAUCAGGACCUGUUCCUCGCUGGGAUAGGCGAGUACUACCGAUACACGGGUGACCUGGAGGGCUUGAAACCGCACUGGGCGGCUAUCCAGAAAGUCGUGGCCGCACGACUCGCCUUUAUCGACCCGAAUUCCGGUCUGGUAGCUGGCAGUCCUCAGGUCCCGAUGCCGCGUCAUUUCAAUGGCCCUGUAAACGGUACAGCAGUCACGGGGCUCAUGGCUUUUAUGCUCGAUCUCCUCACCCCUCUUGCGUCUGCCAUGGAUGCCGCAGAGCUCUCCACGCAAUACGCCACCACCGCCUCCCGCCUCCGCACCGCCAUCAACAACAAACUCUGGAACGAGGAAAAAGGCACAUACGCCUUGUCCCUCACCGACUGCGGCAACCACUCUCUCCAAUCCACGGAGUUCGCUAUCCUCUCCGGCGCCGCCAAUCUCUCCCGCGCAACCUCGUCCAUUGCCGCACUUGAAGACCUCCGCUUCAGCAUCGGCUACAAGACCCUGUCCAGUGACACGGCAACCCCAGACUACCAACUCGCGCCCAACCCGUCGGGUUUCCUCCUCGAAGCCCUGUUCCAAGUGCACGCGCACUUUGCUGCCGCCGCAAACAGCACGCCCGCUAUCCAACAGCUACUGGACAAUCUGUGGGCCGCCAUGGUAAACGACGACGAGUAUUACAGCGGUGCGGGUUGGGAGUAUGUCAAGCCGGAUGGAUCGCCGGGGAUUGACGGGUUUACGAGCCUCUCGCAUCCGUGGGGUGCGGCGCCGACGUAUGUGUUUGCGGAGUAUUUGUUGGGCGUGCAGCCCACGAGGCCUGGGUAUGAAAGGUUCUCGAUUAGGCCGAUGUUGGGGUACCUGGGGUUGAAAAAGGUGCAGGGUAGGGUUGCGACGCCGCGUGGGGCGAUUGAGGUUGCGUGGGAGAUUGCUAGGGAGGAUGCGGUGGUUGAGAUUGUGGUGCCAGAAGGGUUGACUGGGGUGUUUGAGGUCCCUAGUGGCAUGAAGUUGGAUGGUAGGAGGGCGAAGUUGAAGAAAAUGGAUCUAGCGAGUGGGACAUGGCGGUUUGAAAUAAUGUAUGCGGAAUGA